CGUGGCUGUUUUCGAGGAAUACAAGCAGCGAAUCGCCUUGUCAGAAUGUCGCACUGCUCAUCCUUUGUUCCUAACAAUGAAGUUGAAUAGGCUCCUCCGUUCCCUGCAGAACCACAACACGCCCAUCGCUGCCGAUCGUAUCUCAAAGUACAUCAAGCAGAUAAUGACCAAGGUUGGUAGACCCGCUCAAGCCCCUGUACCUAAGGCUCGUGGACUUGCUGCCACUCUCGCGGCACAAGUGGGGACUUCCGUUGACAACAUUGUCGCUCAUAGCCCCCGGUCUUCCCGCGAUAUCUUUGAACACUAUCAUCGCCUGUCCUCAGCUACUUCUACCAAUUUUAGCUUGUCUACUCUGGAUCAACAACCAUGAUCACUUACUUGUGUAAUGUGUUCAACACUUCAUAU